GGGAUGGGGCCGGUCGGCGCGCGCCGGUGGCCUGGAUCUCGCCGUCGGGGCGUCUCCGUCAGGGGUACUCUCUGAACCAUCAAACUUUUUUGUCCUCUGGUUUGGUUCACCUGUUAGAGCAAACAAUGGAGGAUUUACAAGAUUGCAACUCCAAAAGCCUUGUUGUUGUUCCUGGUUCUCUGGUUCUGCACCUCUUUAGGCUGUUCAGUCAGCAGGAUAAUUCCUGGCAGAAGUACGCCUUGGCUUACUUUCUUUUGGUCAGGAAUGAGUAUUUCUCAAGAGAGCCUAGGAAACAUUCAGCUGGGAAUGUGCAACAGGUUCGCUGCUGUGAUAGUUCAGUUGUAGGCAGUAAAGAACUGGAACUGAAGGAGCAGACUGCUACUGUUAAGACCCAAUCAGGAGGUGGUUCUAGUGCCAAUGGAUCAAAUGAUUGUCUCCUUCCUGGCCUUCAUGAUGACCUGGCUCAAGACUGCCUUGCUUGGACAAGCAGAUCAGACUACCCUUCACUCUCUGGUCUGAACAAGAAAUUUAAUAUGCUGAUUAACAGUGGAUACCUGUACAAACUGCGGAGGCAAUACGGCAUUGUUGAGCAUUGGGUAUAUCUGGCCUGUAGCUUGAUGCCCUGGGAAGCAUUUGAUCCAUCACGGAAUCGAUGGAUGAAGCUCCCUAGGCUGCCAUGUGAUGAAUGCUUCUCCUGUGCAGACAAGGAAUCACUUGCUGUUGGGACACAGCUGCUUGUCUUUGGCCGAGAAUAUGCAGGUCUUGCUAUUUGGAUGUACAAUCUAGUGACACGUCGUUGGUCUCGUAGCACUCCGAUGAAUCUUCCCCGAUGUCUCUUUGCCUCGGGAAGCUCUGGUGAGAUUGCCAUUGUUGCUGGUGGGUGUGAUAGGAACGGCCAGGUGCUGAGAUCUGCCGAGCUGUACAAUUCGGAGGCUGGCCACUGGGAGACUUUACCAGACAUGCACUUAGCCAGGAGACUCUCAUCAGGUUUCUUCAUGGAUGGGAAGUUUUAUGUCAUUGGAGGUGUGACAAGUGAGAGGGUUUCUCUGACCUGUGGAGAGGAAUACGAUCUUGGCACAAGGACGUGGAGAAGGAUACAUGAUAUGUACCCUGGAGGAACCAGUGCAUCUCAGUCACCCCCUCUUAUUGCCAUUGUAAAUAACCAGCUCUAUGCGGCUGACCAGUCGACAAACGUUGUCAAGAAGUACGACAAAGCAAAUAACACAUGGAACAUAGUGAAGCCUUUGCCCGUCAGAGCGGACUCUUCCAAUGGCUGGGGCCUAGCUUUCAGGGCUUGUGGUGAUAGAUUGCUGGUUAUUGGUGGCCAUAGAGGACCUCGUGGUGAAGUCAUAUUGCUGCAUUCUUGGUGCCCUGAAGAUGGGAACGGUGGAGGUGCUGACUGGGAGGUGCUGUCGGUGAAGGAGCGUGCCGGUGUUUUCGUCCACAACUGUGCAAUAAUGGGGUGCUGAUGAAUUUACCUUCAGUACAUGCCCCGCUUGUUUAGCAAAACCACCAAAUUCCUUGCUGCCCAUUUAGCUACCAUUAUAAUGACUUGUAAUUCAGAAAUGACACCCCCUUUUCGUGGAGCUGUCCAUUAAAUGUCUGGUCGAGAGCAUAGAGAGCAUUCAGUUCAGUUUAUCUGGAACUUCCUUUUAAUUAACACUUUUUCAAAGUUCGUUGUCCUUGUCUUGCACGAAAUUUAUGCUGUAUUCUUUAUUCAUCAUCCUUGCUGAA